CUCGCAGCACUGACAGCCUGGACGGCCCAGGGGAGGGCUCGGUGCAGCCCCUAGCCCCCACUGGGGGGGCCAGUGUGAAGGGGAAGCCAGGGAAGAGGCUCUCAGCUCCUCGAGGUCCCUUCCCCCGGCUGGCAGACUGUGCCCAUUUCCACUACGAGAAUGUUGACUUUGGCCACAUUCAGCUCCUGCUGUCUCCAGAGCGGGAAGGUCCCAGUCUCUCUGGAGAUAAUGAACUGGUGUUUGGGGUACAGGUGACCUGUCAGGGCCGUUCCUGGCCAGUUCUCCGCAGUUAUGAUGAUUUCCGUUCCCUGGAUGCACACCUCCACCGGUGCAUAUUUGACCGGAGGUUUUCCUGCCUUCCAGAGCUUCCUCCACCCCCAGAGGGGGCCAGGGCUGCCCAGAUGCUGGUGCCACUGCUGCUGCAGUACCUGGAGACCCUGUCAGGACUGGUGGACAGUAACCUCAACUGUGGGCCUGUGCUCACCUGGAUGGAGCUGGACAAUCAUGGCCGGCGCCUACUCCUCAGUGAGGAGGCCUCACUCAAUAUUCCUGCAGUGGCUGCUGCCCACGUGAUCAAACGGUACACAGCCCAGGCACCGGAUGAGCUGUCCUUCGAGGUGGGAGACAUUGUUUCAGUGAUCGACAUGCCACCCACAGAGGAUCGGAGCUGGUGGCGGGGCAAGCGAGGCUUCCAGGUCGGUUUCUUCCCCAGUGAGUGUGUGGAACUCUUCAGUGAGCGGCCAGGUCCAGGCCUAAAGGCGGAUGCUGAUGGUCCCCCGUGCGGCAUCCCAGCUGCUCAGGGUAUUUCAUCUCUGACGUCAGCUGUGCCCCGGCCACGUGGGAAGCUGGCUGGCCUCCUCCGCACCUUCAUGCGUUCCCGUCCUUCUCGGCAGCGACUGCGGCAGCGGGGAAUCCUGCGGCAAAGGGUGUUUGGUUGUGACCUUGGAGAGCAUCUCAGCAACUCGGGCCAGGACGUGCCCCAGGUGCUGCGCUGCUGCUCUGAGUUUAUUGAGGCCCAUGGGGUGGUGGAUGGAAUCUACAGGCUCUCAGGCGUGUCUUCCAAUAUCCAGAGAUUGCGGCAUGAGUUUGACAGUGAGAGGAUCCCUGAACUGUCUGGCCCCGCCUUCCUGCAGGACAUUCACAGCGUUUCCUCCCUCUGCAAGCUCUACUUCCGAGAGCUGCCUAACCCCUUGCUCACCUACCAACUCUAUGGGAAGUUCAGUGAAGCCAUGUCAGUGCCUGGGGAGGAGGAACGUCUGGUGCGGGUCCACGAUGUCAUCCAACAGCUGCCCCCACCACAUUACAGGACCCUGGAGUACCUGCUGAGGCAUUUGGCCCGCAUGGCCAGACACAGCGCCAACACCAGCAUGCAUGCCCGCAACCUGGCCAUUGUCUGGGCACCCAACCUGCUACGGUCUAUGGAGCUGGAGUCAGUGGGGCUGGGUGGCGCGGCAGCCUUCCGGGAAGUUCGGGUGCAGUCCGUGGUGGUGGAAUUUCUGCUCACUCAUGUGGACGUCCUGUUCAGUGAUACCUUCGCUUCCGCUGGCCUGGACCCUGCAGGUGUGCCCUCCUGCCACCCCCUGACGUCCUGGCUACUGCCCCCUCAUCGUCAGGGCUGCAGUGGGAGGGCAGGUGGGCUCCCAGCCCCGUUCCUACCCACUGAAGCUGGACCUCCCUCCAGGCUCCCUGAGGACCCCGCCCCGGCCAAUCCCUCCCCCGCGCCCCCUCCUUCUCAUUUCAGCUCCUCCGCUCGGGAUUCCCACUUGUUGGCCCGGACGCCGUUCUUCCUUCACCCCCUACUCCCCGCCCUGUCCCGGACCCCAGCCCAGUCAGGAUUCAGCUCGUCGGAGGGCCCUCUGGCCCGAGCCCGGGUGGGCACGCUGCGGGCCGGGGCUUGGGCUCUGGGGACGCCCAUGGAGCCCACAACUCCCAAGGUGCCAGCCUCACCUGUGGAAAGGAGGAAAGGGGAGAGACGGGAGAAACAGAGGAAGCCCUGCGGUAGCAGCUGGAAGACGUUCUUUGCGUUGGGCCGGGGCCCCAGUGCACCCCGAAAAAAGCCCCUGCCCUGGCUGGGGGGCACCCGUGCACCACCACAGCCUUCAGGCAGCCGCCCCGACACGGUCACGCUGAGAUCUGCCAAGAGCGAGGAGUCGCUCUCAUCGCAGGCCAGCGGAGCUGGCCUCCAGCGGCUGCAUAGGCUCCGGCGACCCCACUCCAGCAGCGAUGCUUUCCCUGUGGGUCCAGCACCUGCUGGCUCCUGUGAGAGCCUAUCCUCCUCCUCCUCUUCCUCCUCCUCUUCCUCCUCGUCCUCUUCGUCCUCCGAGUCCUCAGCAGCUGGGCUGGGACCCCUCUCCGGAUCCCCCUCGCACCGCACCUCAGCCUGGCUCGACGAUGGCGAUGAGCUGGACUUUAGCCCGCCCCGCUGCCUCGAGGGACUCCGGGGCCUUGACUUUGAUCCUCUUACCUUUCGCUGCAGCAGCCCUACCCCGGGGGACCCUGCGCCUCCUGCCAGCCCGGCACCCCCAGCCCCUGCCUCUGCCUUCCCACCCAGGGCAACUCCCCAGGCCCUCUCACCUCAUGGGCCCCCCAGCCCUGCUUCGCCCUCUGUCCUGGACAUCUCGGAGCCCCUAGCGGUAUCGGUGCCACCUGCUGUGCUAGAACUGCUGGGGGCUGGGGGAACGCCUGCCUCCCCCACCCGAACACCAGCUCUCAGCCCCGGCCCGGGCCCACGUCCCCAUCUCACGCCCCUGCUGCUGCGUGGAGCUGAGGCCCAGCUGAGCGACCCCUGCCAACAGGAGAUCAGCAGCAAGCUGGCGCUGCCGGGUCCCCGGGGAGCUCAGGGCCAGCAAGGUCCUGGUACGGAUUCGCCACUGCUGGCCCCACCCCUGUCCCUCCUGCGUCCUGGAGGUGCCCCUCCCCCACCCCCCAAGAACCCAGCGCGCCUCAUGGCCCUGGCCCUGGCUGAGCGGGCUCAGCAGGUGGCCGAGCGGCAGAGCCAGCGGGAGCACGGGGACACCCCACCAGCUUCCCGAGCCCCCAGCAUGUCCUGA